AUGGAUCGAAGGCACGAAAAACCGAACGCCUCCGGUGGUCCAUUUGCCGAGAAAAGAAGAAGAAUUACGGAAACGGAAUCAGAAGAAGGAAACACGAAGGCAACAGCUCUGCAUCCAGGGAGCGUCUCCGGGGGUCGACGGGGCCGAAGAGACGUAGCGAGGCUGCGCUCUUUCUAUCUGAUAGCGAGGGGCGAAAGGGAAAGCGAUUCAGUGGGUUUGGAUCGAGGGUUUGCCGGAAACGAACCGACUAGAGAAGGGCCGUCGGAAAAUCCAACAACCCUCUUCUUCUUCAUCGAUGCUGCAUCAUGGCAACAAAAGGGAAUUCAGGAGAAAAUAAAGCUAGAAGUUCCAUUACCAUAUUCAUAUCCACUGUUGAGAAGGCUAUUCAAAAUUAGGAACUUAUCUCAUGAUCACUUUGAGGAGAAGGAGACAUAAGUUUAUCACCAAAAGGUGCAUUAUCGGUUUCCAUUACUACAUUGUCAUGAACUCCAUUAGUUUACUACAGGGUCAACAGUCUUUUCUGCUGCUGGAGCUUCUGAUGCUUCACAAGUCGUGGUUUCAUUUGUUCCAUUACUCAUCAAAUGAAGAGAUAGAAAAAGAAGGGCUAAAUUCAAGAAAUAGCAUUGUACUUUAAGAAAUUCAUGAGCUAUAUUUUGAACGUCUAAAAAUUUGUAAUACUUGACUACAACAUCUAUAUUUGCGAUCUCUAUACUUUAAUAUUUACAAUUUUGGUCCUUCAUGUAUGUAUUUGGCAUUAGUUAUAGUUUGAUCCCUGUUGUUGUAAAAUUUGCACAUACUAUAUUUCGGUGCCUAUACUUUUAAAUUUUGCAUAUAUUACAGUUUGGUCC